GGCGUGGCCCGGCGGGGGGCGGGGCGCGGGCGCUGUCUCCGUCCUGCCCGAGCUGCGGCGGCGGUGGCGGAGGCGUCCGGGCGGCUGUGCGCGCGUGCGGGGCGCAGGUUCAGCGGCGGCGGCUUAGCCUGCGGCGCGGCAGCCGGUCUGGAGCAGCCGCUGCGCGGACGCCAGCUGCAGCGGGGGAGGCGCAGCCCGGGCUGCACGCUCCGCCGCGCCGGCGGGGACGGGAACAGGUGAUCCCGGCGGGAGCCCAGAGCCCCGCCGAGUUGGCUGGGCGGGAGCCCGCACUCCCGGGCGCAGCUGCGGCCGCCCCGCGGCGGCUCGAGGCGGACGGAGCGGGACUCCAGACGCGGGCUCGGGCAUCCCUCGGUCCCCGCAGCCUCAAGUGCCUGCCGCCGCCCGCGGGCUGCCCGGUCCGUCGCGGAGCAAAGUUGUGGACGUGUCCCGACAGCCGCGCCCCGCGCUGCUUGACCCGGCGGGGUCGGUGCAUACACGCCUUCCCGCCGGCACCUCGCCCCGCAGCCGCCCCCUGCAGCAACUGCUUCCCAGGCUGAACUUUGAAAGAAGCGGCCGAGGGCGGCUGUGCGCGGGUCACCAGCAGGCCCGCGGGUGCCAGGCCGCUUGGACGGCAUGUGACGGCUCCGGCGGCGGCCGCAGCGCGGGAAGACGCGGGUCCCGCAGCGCGGGACAUUGCGGGGUGGAGCUGCCCGGCGGCCGGAGGGGAGGCUGCGGCGCGGGCCGAUUCUUGCGGGCCCGGGCCCCGAGCGGUGCCGCCCGGCUCGCCCGGGCCCCGCCGAGGCCGCCGCACCCCCGCUGCAAACUCCACAACUCGAGGCGCAGCCCCGGGGCGGCGGGGCUCGCGGGGACUCCCGGCCCGAGCGCCGUUCUACGCUCCCCCGCCGAGUCCUCUGACAAGUGCGGGGACUCGCUCAGCGCCCCUCGGAGCCCGGCCGGAGCGCACGGUCCGCAGCCGCGGCCCGGGUCACCAUGCUCAUGAGGAAGGUGCCGGGCUUCGUGCCGGCCUCGCCGUGGGGGCUGCGGCUGCCGCAGAAGUUCCUCUUCCUCCUCUUCCUCUCGGGCCUCGUCACCCUGUGCUUCGGGGCCCUCUUCCUGCUGCCCAACUCCUCUCGCCUCAAGCGCCUCUUCCUGGCUCCCCGGACCCAGCAGCCCGGCGUGGAGUUAGUGGCCGAAGUCGCCGGUCGUGCCCAGGGCCGCGAGCAGGAGUCACCCCGCAACCCGGCCCCCGCCGCCCCGGCCCGGGGCGAGGAUGACCCCGGCGGCCAGACGGGCGCCCGGCGCAGGAAGGCGAAAGCGAAGGCGAAGGGGUGGCCGCGCCGCACGCACCCCACGCGGCCGCGCGAGGAGGCCACGGCCGCCCGCAGCGGAGGCAUCGCCGACCCCGGGCCCCGGGAGGGCAGCGGCCGGUUCAGCUUUGAUUUCAGCGCGUUCCGGAGCCGCCUUCACCACCCGGUCCUGGGGACUAGGGUGGACGAGAGUCAAGAGCCGCAGAGCCUAGUUCGGACCCAGCGAGAGAAAGUCAAGGAGAUGAUGCAGUUCGCCUGGCAAAGCUACAAGCGCUAUGCAAUGGGGAAAAAUGAGCUCCGGCCACUCACAAAAGAUGGUUAUGAGGGCAACAUGUUUGGAGGCCUCAGCGGGGCAACAGUCAUCGACUCUCUCGACACCCUCUACCUCAUGGAGCUGAAAGAGGAAUUCCAAGAGGCUAAGGCCUGGGUUGAAGAGAGCUUCCACUUGAAUGUGAGUGGAGAAGCAUCCUUGUUUGAAGUGAACAUACGCUACAUUGGAGGACUCCUCUCCGCCUUCUACCUGACAGGAGAAGAGGUGUUCCGAGUGAAGGCCAUCAAGCUCGGAGAGAAGCUCCUACCAGCCUUCAACACCCCCACAGGCAUCCCGAAAGGUGUUGUCAACUUCAAAAGCGGUUCUAACCGGAGCUGGGGCUGGGCUAUGGCAGGGAGCAGCAGCAUCCUGGCGGAGUUUGGAUCCCUGCACUUGGAGUUCUUACACCUCAGCGAGCUCUCUGGAAACCAGGUCUUUGCUGAAAAGGUCAAGAACAUCCGAAAAGUUCUCAGGAAGAUUGAUAAGCCCUUUGGCCUCUACCCCAACUUCCUCAGCCCGGUGAGCGGAAACUGGAUGCAACACCACGUCUCGAUUGGAGGACUCGGGGACAGUUUUUAUGAAUAUCUGAUCAAAUCCUGGUUGAUGUCGGCCAAGACAGAUACAGAGGCUAAAGAUAUGUACUAUGAAGCCUUGGAGGCAAUAGAGACCCACUUGCUGAACGUAUCUCCUGGGGGGCUGACCUACAUUGCUGAGUGGCGAGGGGGGAUUCUGGACCACAAGAUGGGGCACCUGGCCUGUUUCUCCGGGGGCAUGAUCUCCCUCGGCGCUGAUGAUGCCAAGGAAGAAAAGAGGGCCUACUACCGAGAGCUUGCAGCCCAGAUCACCAAGACGUGCCACGAAUCGUACACCCGCUCAGACACCAAGCUGGGGCCUGAGGCCUUCUGGUUUAACUCUGGCAGAGAGGCAGUGGCCACGCAGCUUAGCGAGAGCUACUACAUCCUGCGGCCAGAGGUGGUGGAGAGCUACAUGUACCUGUGGCGGCAGACCCACAACCCCAUCUACAGGGAGUGGGGCUGGGAAGUGGUGAUGGCCUUGGAAAAAUACUGCAGGACCGAAGGCGGGUUCUCUGGGAUCCAAGAUGUGUACAGCAGCCUCCCCAACCACGACAACAAGCAGCAGACAUUCUUUUUAGCGGAGACUCUAAAGUAUCUCUAUCUUCUGUUCUCUGAAGAUGACAUGCUCUCCCUGGAAGACUGGGUGUUCAACACAGAGGCCCACCCACUCCCAGUGAACCACUCAGACAGCUCCACCAGGGCUGGAGGCCAAUAGUGACCCCUAUCUCCCUGCUACUUGGGCCACUGCAGGGAUGCCUCACCCUUUUGGGGGUCUGGGACUGUUCUCAAAAGCAUUGGGAACAUAGGCCUUAUUCUAGGCAAACCCUGGGCAGAUGUGUCAGAUGAGCAACUUCUUUUCCUCUGUGAGGAGACAAGACUUGAGACGCUGUGAUGUCACACCAGGCCCAGACAUUUCUUUCUAUGAAGAAUUUCUAUGAAACUCUCCCAAUUGCCAUUCCAGGGCCAAAGGACUGAAGGUUUCCAUAUCAACCCCAAGUAUUUUAUUCAAUUCCUUUUUUUUUUUUACUUUGAUUUUACUUUUUCUCUGCAGUUGUGUAUUGUCACAAAUUUUAUAGUUUUCAAAAUCAAUGCUUUCAAAAUCAGUGUCCCCCUAUAAACUAAACCUUUAGGUAUUUUUAAACACAUAAAAACCCUGACUUCAUUUCCUAUAUUUUAAAUGCCUUUCACACCAUAUUUACUACAUGUUUAAGUCUCUGUCAUUUACCUUAUAAUCUGAGAAAGGGGUUCUCCUUUGAUUUGGGCUUAACUGUCAAGAACUAGUGCUAUUUUCAUUACUGUAAUGGAAAACUCUAUAAACUUACAAUAAAAGAGUCUAUUGAAUAAGAA